AUGAAGGAAUCUAUCCUUAGCCAUGUAGAUGAUCAAUCAACUGCAAUUAUUCAUGGUAAAGAAUAUGGUCUAUGGUUUUAUUCUUUUGAACUUUAUGAUCUCAAUGGCCUUAAAAAAUGGUGUUACCAUAGAAAUAGAAAUGCUUAUCAACCACCAAUCAGAAACUCAGAGAAUAAAAUAUUUUCAAUAGAA